AUGGCUGCAGCGUCGUGUUGCGACCGGCCUCUCGGCUACACGCUGCGGGGGUUCUCCACUGGAAUGAAUGUAUCCCGCUCAUUCGUCGAGAAAGGGGCGCUAACGUGUGCGCCUCGCGACGCGCUCAAACCCACCAUGCGAAUCUCCCCGGUUUUUUUCCCGCGUGACGAUGGGCUGGUCCAGCCCCAGUGUGGACCCUGUGCAAAGGGACAGCGUCCAUGCGUCUAUGGAUCUCAGGACCCUUCGCGCAGCUGUCCCUCCACGAUAAAUGCGUCUCAAUCGCCGGACAAUGAUCAAGUGGCCAUCCAUGAGCCUCUGCGGGUGCUAGUUGAUGCCUGUGACCAGGAGCAGCCUCUUCAUGAUGUUGAAUCUCACAACAGACGUCUUCCUGCAAUAACGAGAUCAGAGAAGGCCAAUGUAGCUUCGCCCUUUCUCACUUCCUCGCAAUCAGCGUAUGGGUACGCUCCCUCGCCGGGGACCGAAAGCUCCGUUUCUACGAGAGUAGCACCUCUCAGCUGGUUCGAGCUCUUGGCACAAGACGCUGCCAACGCCGAUGAUCGGUUUUUACUAUCACCACCGCGGCAAUUUCCGCAGAGCCAGGUCAAAGAGGAAGAUCCGCAAAACAGUUCCAAUCUACAACCACGAAAUCCAAGGGAACGUGAAAGCUUUUAUGCAGCUGCAUUUCGGAGAGACCCAGAAGCCGAAGAACGACUCGUCUCACAAACGACAACAGACAACACAAUAUGCGAUGAUCCGUCAUCGUGGACCACCGAUGCUCCAAUAACCUUGUCCAAUCUUGAACAUCGGCUUUUCACGCACUUUGUGCGAGUUUCUAGCCAGUGGCUCGAUUUCUAUGAUCAAGUGAAACACUUCUCAUCGGUGGUACCGCAUCUAGCUCUCAGAAAUUUGGGAUUAAUGAGAGCGCUGCUUGCACUCUCCGCACGUCACAUGUCUCUUGACCUAGAUGGCUCUGAGGGAUUCGAAAAAUACACCGUUGAUCGCAACCUGGCCGUUCAAUACUACUUUGAAACUCUUCAUUACUUGAACAAAGCUAUGCGUCAUCCCUCCUACGCUCGCAGCCAUGAAGUGAUAGCAACCUCCAUUCUCAUCAGCACCUACGAGAUGAUUGAUGGGUCCAAUCAGGAUUGGGAGCGACAUCUGAAAGGUGUUUUCUGGAUACAACGGUUCCAAGACAAUGAUGGGGAAUCGGGUGGCCUGCGACAAGCUGUCUGGUGGGCUUGGCUCCGACAAGAUGUCUGGGUUGCGAUGCGUGAGCGACGUCGUGUGUUCAGCUUCUGGCAGCCAAAAAAACCUCUAUCAAUACUGACUUCCAGUGAGCUCGCAAGCCGUGCCACGUUCCUACUGGCGCAAUGUGUCAAUUAUGCAUCGAAAGAGGAGCAAGAUACCUCGGACUUAUCCCGGCGCCUUGGACGUGGCAGUGAGCUGCUUUAUUUGCUUCAGGAAUGGUACGAUCAUCUGCCCUCUGAGUAUAACUCUCUUCCUAUAGUUUCUCACACCGACACAUUUCCCCCCAUCUGGGUUCAUCCCUCGCCUUACGCUGCGGCUUUACAAAUCUACAGCCUUGCUCGCAUUUUGGUAAUUCUCAAUCGCCCUUCCACUGGUGGCUUUGAAGAUUACCGAGCUGCACAAAAGCUUUUGACUAUGUCCGUCAAUACGAUAUGUGGAAUUGCUCGAACAAUUGAUGAACAAGAUCAUCCAGCAAGCAUUGUUUCCCUUCAAUGCUUAUUUGGAGCUGGCAUCAGCGAGUACACUGGCCCCUAA